AGGGGCUCUUCCGCCCAAGCUGUUUCCAUGGCAAUCGAACAUGGCGCCGGGGAGCCAACCAAUUCUGUCGUCCACUCCUCUGCAAGUCCUCCUCUACCUGAACAUCUGGUACUUCGCUGCCUUCUACCUGGCAGAGAUCCUGAUGUUCAUCUAUAAAGGGAUUAUUCUGCCCUACCCGUCUGAUAACCUGGUUCUGGACGUGGUGCUGCUGCUGCUCUUCCUCGGCCUGGAGACUCUCAGGAUCUUUUACGGGUGGAAGGGGAACCUGUGUGAGCGCUCUCUGGCCUCGUGUGCGUCGCUCUUCAUCCUGUUCCCCUGCACGGCGCUGGCUGUUUACUUCCUGUUGCUCCAGACCUUCGUCCUGCGGCUGGAGUUCAUCCUCGGCGCCGUGCUGCUACUCUUCUACGCCCUGGAGUUCCUGCUGGGACUCCUCUCCUUAUCGUCCUUCUCCAGGUCCAAAGUGUACUGAAGAGGAGCGUCACCUGAAACACAGAGCGGACACCACAUGUUCAAAUGUACAGAGCUUUCUUCAGACGUUGUAAAUAAAACGUUGUGUAUUUUCAUAUUAAAAAUGUAAAUAUUUGUUUUUCUACUA